CUGGGCUGGGGAAAGCCGAAGGCUUGGCCAUCCUGCAUCUUCUUCGAAGUACAAACAUACCCAGACUCAGAAUGAGCUGCAGCAACUGGAUAAAUCUACUGGGACCAUAAAGAAUUCAAGUGGUUAAUUUGGGUUAAAGUGGAAUGCCUCAUGUCCCUCAAGUGGCUCAGCAGAUCAGCCAGGAGGAAAACCAGCAAAAUGGACCAAAUUUGUCAAGUUUGCUUCAUUCCUUACCUGCUGCACACAGCAGGAACCCAGCUCUGCCCCAGCAGGUACAACCAGCAGGGUGGGAUAAGAACCAUGUGCUUGUGGUCCCAGCUCCAGUGCCCUCACAGCAACAGCACACAGACUGCUCUCUAUUUGAGAUGAUUGGGAUGGAAAACCAAAUUACUUGUUAUGAAGCACAAAUGCUGCCAAAACUGAAGGUAUCUGGAAAACUCAUUGAAGAGAUCUCCUGCUCCCCUUCAUCACCCAGACUUGAGCCAGUGAAGCUCCAACCAAACAGGGUAUUCCAGAAGAAAGAGACAACUGAAGGAACACCUGGACAAAAUAUUCUUCUGGAAUGAGUGUCAUAUUUCCAGAACCUCCCUAUAUGGCAGAGACCUGUUGGAAACUUGCUUUGGGAUCAGUGAAAGAAAAAUCUCUCACAUUGUUGUGCCAGGAUUAACAAGUGGUGCUGGCUUUGCAAAUUGCUUUCCAUACUCCAGCACUUCAGAGGCUCUAAGGAUCCAUUGCAGGAGCUCAUUCUGACACUGAAACAGCAGCAGAUUGUCCUGAAGGAUGUUAUUUCCAGAGACCUGGAACCUGUGUGUUCCCAGCUGUAGUUGUUGCUCCUCCAUGUUUGUAUGGAGCAAAUCCUUCUUACACAUGGACCCAUGGAAUGAAAGUCGUGCAGUUCAGUCUUAAGGAGCAGAGAUGGUGCAGCAUGAGUCAGGUAUUAAACAGCAGCAUGGGUCACAGCUCUGUGCAGGGGCUGUCUCUUAACUGUGAGUGUCACCUGCAGAACCCUCACGUCUCAUUCAGAACCAGGCAAGCUGGGGGCUCUGGCUGUCCUGCUUUGGCAGCUGAAAGCAGAAGGGACAGCAGGUGCUGAUUUUGACACAGAUGAUUGCAGUGCUCAGCAUCCUGGAGCUUUUCCUGAAUUUCCAUUUCCUCACGUUGAGUGAGGGUUAGUGAGAGUGGUGCUCACAGCUGGCAUUAUCUGGUAAGAGGAUCUCUUCCUCAAGCUCAUAGUGAGUAGAUGCUCAUGGUAGGAGGGGAAAUGCUAAAGGGAAGUCUGAGACAUUUGCAAGAUUCAUUUACAUAAUGUCCUUACUUAUUAAAGCAAAUUAUGUACGUAGCUGUAGCUCAAAUAUGUAAUUAUAUAUGAAAUAUGUCAGUCAUAUUACUAUUUGAUGAGGCAUUUAGGGUGUUUCCAAGGAGUAUACCACUACUUAUCCUAUGUUUAUGAGCAAUUUGUGCUUCAAAUGCAGAUGGUUUUUUUUCACAAUAGCCAUUUGAUUAAUUUGCUUUUGCUUUCAUUAUCUGUAGCUAUUUACAUUGUUAAUACUUUAAGUGUAGUUGGUGUUUUUAUGUUGGCAGUUCCUCAGCCUUACUCCAGGGGCUUUUAUUUUUCGUGGAGUGCCCUGGCAUUGCCUGAGGAUAAAUUGAAAGUAUGCUCCUUUCCCUCCCCAGUAAGAUUCUCUGUAUCCUCUGGGGCCUACAAUUUGAGCAAACACUAACAAUAUAUUGAAAUUUUUCUUAUUUUUUUAUUCCAAAUUGCAUCAUUAUGCUUUCUGUUAGAUGCAGUAUAAUACAUAAAAGAAUACUUUGCCUUGAAGCAACACAAGGCAGCACAACAGAAGGGAUUUGAUUUAGUCAAUAGACAAGAAAAAUGAUGGAGCAUGUACAGGAACAACAACUCAGUCAGGUGUGCUUAGUCAUAGGACAUAAUGUGAUUACUUGUAAUAGAUCUCCAGAUUUUAUAUUGCUGACUGCACCAUAAAUUAAUAGCUUUAAUGGUAGACAAAUUAAUUAUGAACUGUGUAGAUCUAUAAUGUGGGCAGUCAGAUAACUUGAAAUGUUUGCACACUUAAUGUAGGUUGGGAAAAUAAUAAGAAAGCAAUUUUUCCAAUCUUCUCACUCUGUUAAAAAAAGUUUGUUUAGAGAUUUAUCCUAUAUUAAUGUCAAUUUAUAAUUUAGUUGCUUGUUUCCCUGUUUUAGGAAUUCAUAAAAAGCUUCAGCCAAGACAAGUGAUCCUUCUGUGCUAUCCUGUCUUCCCACACUCCCUCCACAGGUGUCAGUCACACAGAUGUGAUUCCUGUUGUCUUCUAUGACAAAGAUGGAAUGGUGUGACAAAAGUGCAAGAGGCAGAGAUACCCACACAUACAGGCUUGUAAGUGGUAAUGCUAUUGAAGAGAGGCUGUUGAAAAAGAGUAUUAAACAUGAUUCAAGAACUGGCUGCUCAGGGAAGGGAUUGUUCAACAGACUUUUUAUCUCAGACUAUACUGUAAAACCUUAGAUCAGUGAGAAUGCACCAUGGCAAUGGUCCUCAGAAUGCCCAGCGCCAGCUCCAGAGAUCCAGGUCCUUCACGGGCAGUGAGGGAGAAGAACAGCAGGCAAACUUACCCCAGUCCCCCGCGGCCUCCUUCGCGCCCUCUGCGAGCCCCUCAGCGCCGCAGUCGCCCAGCUACCAGAUCCAGCAGUUCAUCAUGAGCCGGAGCCCCGUGGCCGGGCAGAACGUCAACAUCACCCUGCAGAACGUGGGCCCCGUGGCCUCGGGCAACCAGCAGAUCACGCUCACCCCGCUGCCGCUUCCAAACCCCACGUCCCCGAGCUUUCAGUUCAGCCCCCAGCAGAGGCGCUUUGAGCAUGGAUCCCCCUCGUACAUCCAGGUCACCUCUCCGCUGCCGCAGCAGGUGCAGUCCCAGAGCCCCACGCAGCCCAACCCGGUGCCGGUGCAGGCGCUGCCCAGCGUCCGGGCGGGCACUCCCGGGCCUGGCCUGGGCAUGUGCAGCCAGAGCCCCACCAGAGGGUUUGUGGAUGCCAGCGUGCUGGUGAGACAGAUCAGCCUGAGUCCUUCCAACGGCGGGCACUUCGUGUACCAGGAAGGGCCGGGGAUUGCGCAGAUUGCUCAAGGAGCUGCUGCACAAGUGCAGCUUCCAUCGUCGGGGCCGCCUGCCACGGUGAGGGAGCGGCGGCUUUCGCAGCCCCACUCGCAGUCUGGGGGCACCAUCCACCACCUCGGCCCUCAGAGCCCCGUGGCCAGCGGGGCAAAUAUGCAAUCUUUGACUAGCCCGGGCCACAUCACAACAACCAGCUUGCCGCCCCAAAUCAGCAAUAUUAUCCAGGGGCAGCUAAUGCAACAGCAGCAGCAGGUGCUUCAAGGGCAGCAGCUGAGUAGACCCAUUGGAUUUGACAGGACUUCUGGUGGAUUGAUAGCAGGGGUUGGAGGACCGAGUGCAUUUGGAAUGACAUCUCCUCCUCCUCCCACGAGUCCUUCACGGGCCACUGUGCCACAGGGCCUGUCGAGUCUUCCUCUCACUCCUACAGCUAACACAGCAGUGAAAAAACAGCCCAAGAAGUUGGAGGAGAUUCCUCCUGCCAACCAAGAAACUGCUCAAAUGAGAAAACUAUGUUUGGAUCAUCACCACAAGCAGAUGGAAAUUCUUAAGGAAACUUUUAAGGAAUGUUUGAUUGAACUGUUUUUCCUGCAACAUCUUCAAGGGAAUAUGAUGGACUUUUUAGCUUUUAAGAAGAAACAUUGUGUUCCCCUGCAAGCAUACCUGAGGCAAAAUGACUUGGACCUGGAGGAGGAAGAAGAGGAAGAACAAUCUGAGGUCAUCAAUGAUGAGCAAACGCAUACAGGGACUCCAGUGACGGGGACUGUGAGCACCAUAGAGAUUGAAGCUUUUAAGAGACAGCAGCAGGCCCUUGCACCAGCAGAUUCGUCUAAGAGACCACGAAUUGAAGUGGGCCGUCAUGGGAUGGUUUUUCAGCACCCGGGUGUGGCUUCAGGAGUUCCUCUUCAACAGCUAAUGCCAACGGCACAAGGUGGGAUGCCUCCCACUCCGCAGACGGUGCAGCUGACGGGGCAGAAGCAGAGCCAGCAGCAGUACGACCCCUCCAAGGGCCCUCCGGUGCAGAACGCGGCCAGCCUGCACACGCCGCCGCCGCAGCUGCCGGCGCGCCUGCAGCCCGCCAACGUCCCCAUGGCGUCGCUGCCCGCCACCCUGCAGCUCCCCCAGCAGCAGCCCCAGCUGGUGGAACCUCCAGCCCAGCCGCAGAUCCAGGUGAAGAUCCAGCCCCAAAGCGUGCCCCUGACGGCCGCCCCGCUCCCAGCGCCGCUGCAGCAGCAGGUGCCACCAGCGAUCCACGUGCAAGGACAGGCGCCCAGCCAGGCGUCGCAGCCGCAAGCUGCCAUACAGCAGCAGACUGUGACUCUGACACGGCCAUCUGCAGAUCCUGCUCAGAGUUCUCAGCGUCUUGCAGCAAAUCCACUGCCACCUACCUCAUCCAUCGCUCCAGCAGCGAUCCCAGGCACAACACCGCCUUCUCCAUACCCAGUGCAAACAAACAGGACCUCUCCAGCAACCAACAAAUCCCUGUCUCCUAUUGCAUCCAAGCCUCCUGGCUUAGCAGUAGCAGCAGCAGCACCUAAAACACAAAGUCCAGCUCAGAAUGCAGCGGUGUUGCCACAAGAAAACUCUCAAGACAAGCUGGCUGAGCAAGUCAAGCUGGAAAAUCAAAUCCACCAGCGGAUAGCGGAACUGAGAAAGGAAGGUUUAUGGUCCCCCAGGCGACUGCCUAAACUUCAGGAGGCUCCAAGGCCAAAAUCCCACUGGGAUUAUUUGCUGGAAGAAAUGCAGUGGAUGGCCACUGAUUUUGCCCAGGAGAGAAAGUGGAAGAUGGCAACUGCUAAGAAGAUGGUAAGAACUGUGGCUCGUUACCAUGAGGAAAAGAAACUUAAUGAAGAGCGAGCUAAAAGGGAAGAGCAGAACAAACUGAGGAGGAUUGCAGCAUCCAUUGCUAGAGAAAUAGAGUAUUUCUGGUCUAACAUUGAGCAGGUUGUUGAAAUUAAACUGCAAAUUGAAUUUCAAGAGAAAAGGAAAAAAGCUUUGAAUCUAAAGAGAUUUUCAAGGAAAGGUAAGGAUGCAAAAGAAGACCUUUAUUUGGAAAAAGAAAGUGAAAUGGGGGGUUCAUCAUCUGGAAGGAAAAGAAAGGCAAGCACAUCUUUGACUGAUGAGGAAGUUGAAGAUGAAGAAGAAACAAUUGAAGAACAAGAAGCUAAAGAGGGAAACAUAAACCAUCAAACUGAAUUGUCUAAUCUAGCCAAAGAAGCUGAAUUGCCUCUGGAAGAAUUGGUGAAGAUGUACGAAGGUGCCUUUGCAGAAAAUUUUCAUUGGCCCCAGCCAAAGCCUGACAGUGAAGAGGAGAGCAGUGAGGAAGAAAUGGACGACCACAUGUCUGAUAGGGAAAGUCCCCAGAAAGAAGUUGUCCUCAUAGACUCCCUUCUCAGCAUUGACCAGUAUAAGGGCAUGGACAGAUCAAGUCCUCCCAAGAAGCACAUGCGAGACAUAGCAGAAGUUGCUGCUGCAGCAGAGAUGUUGUUACCUAAAGGCAGCUCCAGGAUAACAACAGCAGUAAAAUACAACACUCCAUCACUGUUGUAUGGGUCUCUCAGAGAAUAUCAGAAGAUUGGGCUGGAUUGGCUGGCAAAGCUGUACAGGAAGAAUCUCAAUGGCAUCCUGGCAGAUGAGGCAGGGCUUGGAAAAACUGUGCAAAUUAUUGCCUUUUUUGCCCAUUUGGCUUGUAAUGAAGGGAAUUGGGGCCCUCACCUUGUUGUAGUCCGGAGCUGUAACAUAUUGAAGUGGGAGCUGGAAUUGAAACGCUGGUGCCCGGGGUUGAAAAUACUUCUCUACUUUGGGAGCCAAAGAGAACUUAGGGCAAAAAGACAGGAAUGGACAGAACCCAACAGCUUCAAUGUGUGCAUCACUUCCUACAAGCAGCUGUUCAAGGGCCACACAGCAUUCAUGAAAAUGCGAUGGAAAUACUUAAUAGUAGAUGAGAUGCAGCAAAUAAAGAAUAUGACUGAGAAACACUGGGAGGCACUUUUCAAUCUCCGCAGCCAGCAUCGUUUGCUUCUGAUAGACACUCCUUUGCAUAACACAUUGAUGGAGCUGUGGACCAUGGUACAUUUUUUGAUUCCGGGAAUUUCCAAACCUUACCUGGAUUUUCCAGUAAAAGCACCUAAUGAGGAGAACCAGGAUUAUUGCCAUAAACUGGUCAUCAGGUUGCACAGAAUGAUUCAGCCGUUUAUUUUGCGGAGAUCAAAGAGGGAUGUUGAGAAGCAGCUCACAAAGAAGUAUGAGCACGUGCUCAAGUGCCGUCUGUCGAGUCGACAAAAAGCCAUGUAUGAGGAUGUCAUACUGCAGCCAGGAACCCAGGAAGCCCUCAAAAGUGGACACUUCAUCAGUGUCCUGCAUGUCCUGAUGCAGCUGCAGCGGAUCUGUAACCACCCUGAUCUGAUAAACCCCCGGCUUUCAAGCUCCUCUUAUGUAUCAGAAACACUGGAAUACAGAACAGCCUCUCUGGUGCUGCGAGCCCUGGAAAGGGAUAUUUGGAAGGAAUCAGACCUGUCUCUUUUUGAUCUCAUUGGAAUGGAAGACAAAAUGACUCAUUAUGAAGCACAAAUGUUGCCAAAACAAAAGGUUACCAGAAAGUUGAUUGAAGAAAUCUACAGCUCCCCUCCACCACCGGCAAGGCCCAACCCAGUGAAGCUCAAACCAAGCAGGUUGUUCCAGCCCGUUCAGUAUGGUCAGAAGCCCGAGGGCAGGACUGUGGUUUUCCCAAGCACUCAAGUCCAGCGCACGGUGACCACGGCAACGGUGACUCAGCAGGGACAAGUUCGAGGCAGAUCCCCCAUAGCCACGGUGUCCUCAAAUCAAGCUGCAGCAGCACAGUUUCAGACAACUCAGGCUUCCACCAGUGCUCCAAGACACCAGCCCGCAGCGACCUUCACCACAGCAACUAGCGCAGCCAACCCUGUGAAACCGCGGGGCCAGACCUCUGCGCCGGCCCCGCAGCCGGGCCAGCCCCAGCCACAGCCACAGCCACAGCCCCCCCCGCACACCAUCCAACAGAGUGUGCUGCCUCAGAGGCUCGUACUGACCUCUCAGGCCCAGGCACGGUUGCCUAGUGGUGAGGUAGUAAAAAUAGCCCAGCUGGCUUCUAUAGCAGGAGCACAAGGCAGGAUUGCUCAGCCAGAGACCCCAGUGACUCUGCAGUUCCAAGGGAACAAGUUCACCUUGUCACACAGUCAGCUCCGGCAGCUCACUGCAGGGCAGCCCCUGCAGCUACAAGGAAGUGUCCUUCAGAUUGUGUCAGCCCCUGGGCAGCAGUACCUGAGGCCUCAGGGCCCCGUGGUCAUGCAGACAGUUUCCCAAGCAGGAACUGUGCAGAACGCCCUGAACGCUUUAGGGAACCAGCACCAGGCAGGCGGCCCAGCUUCCACUGCAGUCACUCAGCAAGUUUGUAUUCCAGGUAGAGCUACAGUUGCUAACUUGCCAUCUGGUGACAUGGGAGCAGUGUUAAAACCAGCACCUUUGCAUGGACAGUCACAGGAGACGUUUGAGGAGAAGAACCGGCUCUUGAAGGAGCGCCUGGACCGGAUCUUCUGCGGCAACGAGCGCCGCUGCUCGCGGGCGCCGGUGUACGGCCGCGACGUGCUGAGCCUUUGCUCCCUGGCUGGGGACACAAGGGCCUCCCAGCUGCCUUCCAGCGAGGGCAACAGCUGGAGGUGGGCUGGCUUUGUCAACUGCUGCCUUUCCACAAGUGCCUGCGGAGGCCCGAGUAACCCCUUGAGGGAAAUGAUCCUGGGCUUGGUUCAGCAGCAGGAAUCUCUAAAGGAUCUUGUUGACAGGGCUCUCUUCGUGUUGCCAGCUGCAGUUGCUGCUCCCCCAUGUUUCUAUGUAGCAAAUCCUCCCCCUUCAUACAGUCACAGACUGAAACUCCUUAAGCACAGCCUGAGGCAGAAGGCAGCUCCACACUUGCAUCAGUUGCAACAGCUGACAACUCCUCACUUGCUGCAGUUCCCUGACCUCCGGCUGGUGCAGUAUGACUCAGGAAAAUUAGAAGCUCUUGCAGUCUUGCUUCAGAAGUUGAAAUCUGAAGGGCGCCGUGUGCUGAUUUUGUCACAGAUGAUUCUGAUGCUGGACAUACUGGAGUUGUUCCUGAAUUUCCAUUUCCUCACCUUUGUGAGGAUUGAUGAAUAUGCCAACCAGGAACAGCGGCAGGAGCUGAUGAAAAUUUUCAACAGAGACAAGCGCAUUUUCUGUGCCAUCCUCUCCUCUCACAGCCGUUCCACAGGAGUCAAUCUUGUCGAGGCAGACACUGUUGUGUUCUAUGACAAUGAUCUGAACCCAGUGAUGGAUGCAAAAGCUCAGGAAUGGUGUGACAGAAUUGGGAGAUGUAAAGAUAUCCAUAUAUACAGGCUUGUCAGUGGUAAUUCUGUAGAAGAGAAACUUUUGAAAAAUGGCACAAAGGACUUGAUCAGAGAAGUAGCUGCUCAGGGAAAUGACUAUUCAAUGGCCUUUUUAACACAGCAAACAAUUCAAGAAUUGUUUGAGGUUCAUUCUCCUAUGGAGGAUUCUGGAUUUAGAGUGAAAGCAGAAGAAUUUGUAGUACUUUCUCAAGAGCCAUCUCCAGCAGAAAAUAUUUCGCCUAAAGUUGCAAGACCAUUCAUAGAGGCCCUCAACAGCAUUGAACGUGAGGAUGAGGAAUCAAAUGAUCACAUACAAGACAUAGGAUCUGAGUCAAGCAUUGAACCUUUAAUCUCAGAGCUCUGUGAUUCAAAAUACAAUGAAGAGCCCUCACAGCUGCAGGAGUUAGUUGCUGUUGUGGAUCAGCUGACUCCAAUUGAGAAGUAUGCUUUGAAUUAUCUGGAGCUCUUCCACGGUUCAGUUGAUGACAAUGAGCCACGGUUGAGUGAGAUGGAACUGAAAACUGCAAAGAAAGCCUGGGAAGUCCAGCAUAUGAAGGAGUUAAAGGAAAGAGAGCAAAAAAUGCUUUGGGAGGAUGAAGAGGAACUUCUAACCUACACUCGGGAGGAUGCGUACAACAAAGAAUAUGUCUAUGAAGGUCCAGAUGGACAAACUGAAAUUAUGCCACUCUGGACUCCUCCUACUCCACCUCAGGAUGACAAUGAUAUCUACAUAGACUCUGUUAUGUGCCUGAUGUAUGAUACCACCCCUAUUCCAGAGUCAAAAUUACCUCCAGUGUACGUCAGGAAGGAGCGUAAACGACACAAAACAGAUCCCUCUGCAGCAGGUAGAAAGAAGAAGCAACGUCAUGGGGAGACAGUUAUCCCACCUCGUUCACUCUUCGAUCGAGCAACUCCAGGAAUGUUGAAAAUGCGCCGGGAGGGCAAAGAGCAAAAGAAGAACAUCUUGUUGAAACAACAGACACAGUUUGCAAAGCCUUUGCCAACUCUUGUCAAACCAGCUACUGAGGCUGGACAGGAUAAUCCAGAGUGGUUGAUCAGCGAAGACUGGGCACUUCUGCAGGCAGUGAAGCAGCUGCUGGAGCUUCCUCUAAACCUUGCUGUUGUGUCGCCAGCACACACUCCCAACUGGGACCUGGUCAGUGAUGUUGUUAACUCCUGCAGCAGAGUCUAUCGCUCGCCCAAGCAGUGCCGCAACCGAUACGAGAAUGUCAUAAUCCCAAGGGAGGAAGGAAAGCUAAUGUACGAAGCUAAUCCUAAAAAGAAGACAAAAAGUAUUUAUAAGACUAAAAACAGUCGCCCACUUCGUACCAAUCAGAUCUAUGCUCAAGAUGAGGGUGCAACCCACACACAGCUUUAUACUAAUCAUUUUGAGAUGAUGAAAAUGAUUGCAGGGAAAAGAAGUCCACCUAUCAAACCUCUACUUGGCAUGAAUCCUUUCCAGAAGAAUCCAAAGCAUGCAUCAGUGCUUGCAGAAAGUGGAAUCAACUAUGAUAAGCCCCUCCCUCCGAUUCAAGUCGCGUCCCUCCGAGCAGAACGCAUUGCCAAAGAGAAAAAGGCGCUGGCGGAGCAGCAGAGGGCCCAGCAGCAGGGGGGCCCCCAGCCCCAGCAGCCCCAGGCGGGCCAGCAGCCCCCCCAGCAGCCCCCCGUGCAGCAGGCCCAGGCCCAGCCACAGGCACAGGCACAAGCACAGGUAGUUCAGCAGCCACAGGCAGUGGUGCAGACUGCAGUCACUACUGUGGCCAACACAGCAGUAUUGGCAGGCACCAUCAAGACAGCAGUGACGGGGACGAGCAUCCAGACUGCUACAGUGAGUGGAAAUGUGAUUGUGAACACUGUUGCUGGGGUCCCUGCUGCCACCUUCCAGCCCAUCAAUAAACGUCUGGCCUCCCCUGUUAUACCUGGGACUCUGACUACCUCGGGAGGCACGGCCACUGCCCAGGUGGUUCACAGCCAGCCGCGAGCGGCCGCGGCGCCGGCGGCGUCCACCGAGCUGGUGACCAUCGCCUCCACGCAGGGCGUGCGCGCCGUGACCUCGGUGACGGCUUCCGCCGUGGUCACCACCAACCUCACGCCUGUGCAGACCCAGACAAGGUCCUUGGUGACCCAGGUCACACCAGCUACACCAACAGUCCAGCUGUCGGGCAAAACCAUCACCCCUGCUCACUUCCAGCUUCUGAGGCAACAGCAGCAGCAGGCUGCUCAGGUGCAGGUCCCACAGAUCCAGGCUCAGGCACAAGCUCAGUCUCCAGCUCAAAUAAAAACUGUAGGGAAAUUGUCACAGGAGCAGCUGAUCAAGUUGCAGAAGCAGAAGCUGCAGCUCCCCCAGCAGCAGGCAGCACAGCAGACACAGCAAGGGGCACAGCAGCAAACAGCACAAGUGCAAGUGCAGCAGCAGCAGCAAACCCAGCAGCUCACUGCUGUGACAGCCCCUCGUCCUGGCGCAGUCCUCACGGGCACUACGGUCACCAACCUGCAAGUGGCACGCCUGACUCGUGUUCCUGCUUCCCAGCUCCAAGCACAAGGACAGAUCCAGGCCCAGACUCCACAAGCAGCUCAGGUUGCUCUGGCAAAGCCUCCAGUGGUGUCUGUUCCAGCUGCUGUUGUGUCAUCUGCAGGAGUCACCACACUCCCUGUGACUGUGGCAGGCAUUAGUGUUGCCAUUGGGCAGCCACAGAAAGCAGCAGGAGGCCAGACAGUAGUUGCACAGCCACUGCAUGUCCAGCAGCUGCUGAAACUCAAGCACCACCAAGCAGCACAGCAGCAGAAAGCCAUCCAGCCCCAGGUUGCACAGGGACAGGCUACUGUGCAGCAAAAGAUAAAUGCUCAACAGGUUACGGUCCAGGCCCAACAGCAGACUUCACAGCAGCAAAAAGUAACUUAUGCUACACAGCCUGCCAUUAAAACACAGUUCUUAACAACUCCAAUUUCCCAAACCCAGAAACCAGGUGGAACCCAGCAAGUGCAGGCCCAGAUUCAGGUACAGGUUGCAAAACUCCCACAAGUGGUCCAGCAACAGGCUACUGUUGCCAACAUUCAGCAGAUGGUUUCAGUUUCCCAACAGGUACAAGCUCAGCCCCAGACUGUGACCCUUUCUCAGACGACAGCAGGUCAACAGCAGGUUCAGGUGAUCCCUGCAACCACUGCUACUGCUCAGGUCGUGCAGCAGAAACUGAUCCAGCAGCAGGUGGUGACCACAGCAUCUCCCCAGGUUCAGGCUCCAGGUGUACAGAACCCAGCCCAGACACCAGCAACACCUGAGGCCCAGAGUCAGCAAGCAAAAGUACAGAUGAGGACACCGACUGUCAGAUUAAAGGCACCUACUAAACCAAGUUGA